AUGUAGUGGGCGUAUAUAACUGCCUGCUAUGGUGAACCAAGUUUUCCCGCGUCAACCUCUCACUCUGGAGAAAACCUCAUUUUCGUCUAAGUUCUCUCUCUUUCUAGAUCUCUCUCUAGAAAACUAAUAUUAGUAUGUAUAUAUAAGCCAAAUUCGAACGUGCGUUCUGGAUCUCCACAAUUCAGCUAUUUUCUCUUCUUCAUUUUCUCAGCAACCAAACAGAAAAUAAGGGAUGGUGGCCGGCGGUACGGAGGCGAGUGGCGCAGGAGAUGUGGGGCUACGGAGGAGAGGGUGCACUUACCAAAAGUACGAUUUUCUCCCCGAGGAGUCGUUCCAGAGCUGGGGCAAUUACGUAAAAGCGCUGAGCCAGACUCCGGGUCGGUUUAAGGACCGGGUCUUCACCCGGUCCUUGGACAGCACGGAGUUGGUGGAGGUGAAGGCGCAGAGCCAGAACGAGAUGAAGAAGACGCUCAACUGGUGGGACCUCAUCUGGUUCGGAAUCGGCGCCGUCAUAGGCGCCGGAAUAUUCGUGCUCACUGGCCUCGAGGCGAAGAAGCACGCCGGCCCCGCCGUCGUCUUAUCCUACGUCGUUUCAGGCGUCUCCGCCUUGCUUUCGGUUUUCUGUUACACCGAGUUCGCGGUCGAGAUUCCGGUUGCAGGUGGCUCAUUUGCCUACCUAAGGGUAGAGCUUGGGGACUUUAUGGCCUUCAUUGCAGCAGGCAACAUCCUCCUUGAAUAUGUCAUAGGUGGUGCAGCUGUUGCUCGUUCCUGGACCUCCUACUUCGCCACUCUCUGCAACCACGACUCCAACGAUUUUCGGAUUGUUGCUGACGGUUUCAAGGAGGACUAUAAGUACCUUGAUCCCAUUGCUGUUGUUGUCAUUAUUGGUAUCUGCUUCCUCGCUGUCCUCAGCACAAAGGGCUCUUCUCGUCUCAACUACAUUGCCUCAAUUGUUCAUGUCAUUGUCAUUCUCUUCAUUAUCAUAGCCGGCCUCACCAAAGCCGAUACCAAGAACUACGAGGACUUUGCCCCUUUUGGCCCCCGCGGCGUCUUCCAGGCAUCAGCUGUUCUGUUUUUCGCCUAUGUUGGAUUUGAUGCUGUUUCAACUAUGGCUGAAGAAACCAAGAAUCCUGGCAAGGACAUCCCAAUCGGCCUUGUUGGCUCAAUGAUCAUUACCACAUUCGUUUAUUGCUUGUUAGCAGUGACUUUAUGCCUUAUGCAGCCAUAUGGAGAUAUCGACGAACAAGCUCCAUUUUCAGUAGCGUUUGAAGCUGUUGGGAUGGGAUGGGCUAAGUACAUCGUUGCGGCGGGAGCUCUGAAAGGCAUGACAAGUGUGUUGCUUGUUGGGGCGGUUGGCCAGGCUCGCUAUCUCACUCACAUUGCUAGAACUCAUAUGGUGCCUCCGUGGUUUGCCCAAGUUGAUGGCAAAACUGGCACCCCUGUCAAUGCCACAGUCACCAUGCUUGCAGCCACAGCAGUCAUUGCCUUCUUCACAAGCCUUGGCGUUUUGGCCGACCUUCUCUCCAUCUCCACAUUGUUCAUCUUCAGCCUUGUCGCAAUUGCUCUUCUCGUUCGCCGCUACUAUGUUAGCGGCGUCACGACUCAGGCCAACAGGAACAAGUUCAUUGCCUGCCUUGUCCUCAUAAUUGGAUCUUCAAUUGCCACCUCUGUGUAUUGGAGUAAAACAGAUAAGUGGACUGCCUACGUGGUAACCGCGCCUCUUUGGUUCUUGGGUACUUUGGGGAUUUGGAUACUUGUCCCACAAGCAAGGAACCCUAAACUUUGGGGGGUGCCAUUGGUGCCGUGGUUGCCAUCUCUAUCAGUUGCCAUCAACAUUUUCCUACUUGGGUCAAUCGAUCAUGUCUCAUUCAUAAGGUUUGCAGUGUGGACUGUGAUCAUCCUGGUUUACUACUUUUUCUUUGGAUUGCAUGCUUCUUAUGACACAGCAAAGGACUCCCUAGCGAAGCGGUUGGAGGCCGGUACAAAUCUUGAGUUGAAGAAGGCUGAAGCUGCAGAGGUUUAUGCUCCCUCAGCAGCAAGAGACUCCGGGUUAGACGGCAAAAGUGGCAGCAAUACCUCUGCACAUCCUGCUAGUUAAGAAAGUGUUUGUUGAAUGUGUGAAAGAAAUGUUUGUGUGUGAUAUUGCUGUUCGACAAGAAGGAAAGAAGGAAGGGGUUGGUCCUAAAGAUAGGAAGAUGUUUCUCUUUUACCUCUUUUGCUUGUUGAAUCAUAUCAGUUAUGGAGAUGAUUAGACUUAUCUGUAUUAGAGAUGUGAUUUACAUUAAUGUUGUUCAUAAGUAUGAUUUAAGUAGUA